AUGGGGAACAAGGAGGACUCAGUGGACUUCAAGUAUCCCACAUGGGAUGGUGACUGGAACAAAUGGACGGACUAUCAGCUGCGUGUUGAGUUGAGAGCUGAUGGACUGAAAGAGGAGGACCAGAAACUUCUAGGACCUCGGCUUGCAUCCAAUCUGACUGGAAAGGCCUUUGACAGUCUCGCUGAGAUUGACAGAGAGAAGUUACGCCAACCCGAUGGGUGGCAGUACUUUCUCAAGUUUCUCGAGAAGACUCGAGGCCGUGAAAAGGUAGAUCUUCUUGGAGAUGCUUUCAACGAGUUCUUUGUGCGCAAAGAAGUCUACCGCAAGGACGGUGAGGCCACCACGUGUUCCAGCUUGUAUGACUCUGAGCGUCCACGAACAUUGGCGAUGUCCGAUGGCGGCCUAGCUGCCAAGGAUCAAGAGAUGCGUCGUCGCCGAAAAGAUGGUGGACAAGCCUUGCUGGUUGAUGAGCCUUCUCGACCUGAUGAAGGGGAGGUCUACCAGAAUGUGGACGAAGAUGUGAUGGAAAGCCAUGCCGCCACCAAUGAUGAAGAGCUUGAGGAAUUGGCCACUUGGUACCAAGAAGCCUAUGUUGCACUCGUAGAUGAGCCUGAUGAUACUGAGAUACUUGCCAACUUCAAGGAUGCUCGUCGUGCCCUGGACCAAGCUAGAACGGCGAGGGGUUUUUACCCUGUGAGACACCCUGACAGUCAAAAAGGUCGUGGUAAGUCUCAGGGCAAGGGGAACUACAAUCGAGACAAUGAGCAUGCCAACAAGACCUGCAUUCGGUGUGGGAAGCGUGGCCACAUUGCUCGUAUUUGCCCACAACGAGCUCAAAGUGAUGGCAAAGGCCAAAGUGGAAAAGGAAGUGGCAAGGUGGGUUUUGUCGGUGUCCAAUGGCAAGAACCAACUGCAGAGAAUGCAUGUGAUAAAGGUGACGAGUGUGCACAGGUCUGGGCCACGACUGGCCAUGAAAACCAACUUCGUGGCAAGGCUGUCCUGGAUAGUGGUGCCUCAGAUAACGUGAUUGGAGUGAACACUUUGCAAGAUCUCGCAGACAUGUACGAGGAGCUUGGCCUCAACACUGAGGACGAGUUUGAGAUCGACCGUAACAUCCACAAGAGCUUUGUCUAUGGUGGUGAUCACAGUAGCAAGGCUCUGGCACUUGCACACCUGAACCUUGGUGUCUUGGGAAAUGAGAUGAUGGUCGAUGUGCAUGUUGUGGAGGGCAGUACACCUUUGCUGCUCAGUGCAAAGUUCCUCUAUGAUUCCCGAGCCACCAUUGACUUCCGAAAGGGGACAGCUGUCUUUGAGGGCAUCAACCAUGAAGCGUAUCAGCUGGAAAGGAGUCCAGGUAAUCAUCUCCUUCUACCAGUCACUGUCUUUGGUGGGCGCCGUGGACUGAUGAGAUCUACUGAGAUGUGGCCUCCUGCGGUUCCUGUACUGAGUGCGCCUGAGUCAGAUCCGGACCCAAAGGGGGAUGAACCGAACUGUCGUAGGCUUUUGGAAAUUCAGGUACAAGAAUUGAACGGCAGUGUAGGUGCUGAGGACAAUAUCAAUGCUGCACCCGUUCCUGAUAGGGAGGAACAAGACCAACCUCAAGCAAAAAGCCACUCAGUGAACUCCGCUCUCCUGACGAAGCAUUCGGUGACACAACCCGAGAGCGCAAUGUCGAUGCCAAGCGCCGACCUGAAGACUCUGUUGGACCUUCAGGACAAGAAGGGACAAGUGAGCCGAGAGGAGAUUCAGAGCAUGUCGCUCGAAGACCUCGGCUCGAUGAAGAUGGACCAAGGGGAACGCCACAAGGGGCACCUCUUCCAGGAGAUCUACAAGGACAAGAGCUACAACCGUUGGGUGGCAAGCCACAUCAAGGACGACGACCCAGUCUUCCGCACCAUCCACAAGUACAAGAUCUACCUGCAUCGUCGUCUGGCUCAGGAGCUCGAGGAGGAGAAUGUCCUGGGACAUCCAGGAAGCGGAAGCCAUCAACUUCCCCUGAAACCUUCGAACGUGAAGAAGGUGCACACCAAGGAGGGGUCCCGCCAAGCAGCAGAACUGGAAGCCAUGGGUCAGUUGACUCCAAUGCCCAUUCCGGACGACGAGAGCCUGUCUCAUUGGAGCCAGGUGGAGAACAUGGAGAACGACAUUCAGAACCUCCACAAUGGCAACGAGCAGCUGCACCAACGCAUGGCGCAGAUGGAAGCCUGCAUGGCCCAGAUUCUCACGGUCUUGCAGUCGGGACCACAUGGAGCGUUGAGCCAGGAGAACACGAACUGA